AUGCAUAGUGAUGGAAGGGAUAUCGCUUGCCGAAACUGCCUCAUUGAUGUCAAAAAAUGCAUCGUGAAAAUUUCCGAUUUCGGUUUAUCGAAGCAAGCAGAAACGUAUCAUAUUCCUGACUCGGAAAAGCUCGCAAUUAAGUGGCAAGCUCCUGAGGUGAUUCUCACUAGAACAUACACAAUGAAAUCUGAUGUUUAUUCAUUCGGCAUUCUCUUAUGGGAGAUCUUUAAUGACGGCGAUUCACCAUUCAGAGGCGUCAAAAAUAGAACAAUUAGGUUGAAGAUUUCCGACCCUAAAUUCCGUCCAAUUACCGGUCCUAACCUUCCGAUUCUCGUCGUGAGGGUGAUGAAGACAUGUUGGAGAGGAGAUCCGAACAAGAGACCAAUGAUGGCACAAGUGGCUCGUUAUCUCAUUCAUGCUCCUCCUGAGUUGUGA